GCCGAAAGAUGGCAGCCUGCCUACACCUGUUUUUCCGCCAGAAGGAAGCUGCAGCCGCCAAAAUACGUGGCUUCCCUCUGGCAGAAAAAACCUGUGAAAAGUGGGUACUUUUUACAUUGCAAGGGCGGCAUAACAAGUGCACCACUGGCACACUCGUUACGUAAGUGCCGUGAGAAUGUUGCGCAGCACUUAUGUAAAAAUAGCGGCGCCCAUGUAUACAGGGCAUUGCCAUUAUUACGCCCUCAUCACUUGCUAGGGUUGCGAGGCGUGUGGGCGCUCUGUCCUGAGGCAACCCUAGCACGUGACAAGGGCGUCACAGAGGGCCCGUAUGUACCGGGCCAUAAUUUCACGCUGGUGUGGAGUAUAUUUCAAGGUAAAAUAUUCAGCUUACAGUUGAUUAAUGCCUUUCCUCAGAAAUAUACGCCCUCUUUAAAUCUUUUAUAGUACAAAUGCAACAAUGCAUUUUCAGGUGAAGUCUAGGCAGUAAGCAACACCAAGCCAUAGCCUUGUUUACUCCUGCUAUUGAUAUAAUCAUCAUCUUACCCUAUUUCCAAGGUUCUCAUGGCAAUAAAAUAAAUUUGACAAAGUUUACACAUUAAAGUGCAUUAUUUAAUUAUCUUUAAAAAAUUAAAAUUUAUUUUUAGGAUACUGAUGAAAUCCAAGUGAACUAUCCUGGGAUGUUUGAAAUAAUGGACGACCUGCAAGGUAUGGGAGAAAGUAAUUGCUCUUGGAAUAGAAAACCUAUGCUACACAGAGCAACCAUGCUGGCAGCAGCGGCAGUAUAUAGGGAAAUGUAUGGAAACAAAGAUGGAACAGUACCUGCAACUUUCCAAAUCUACUACAUGAUAGGUUGGAAAUUUCAUGAAUCUCAGGCAAGACCAGCACAAAGAGGAUCUGCAACUAUGUCAUUCGGUGAUUUGAGAAAAAUAAAUGAAUUUAUUCCAGGAGGGGGGAAACUUUAAAAUGUGUAUAAUGGUUGCAGGGAAAUUGGACUUCCCUUGUGGCUAUUCAGCAGGCAUCAGUUAAUCUGGGGAAAAACAUGUGGCUAUGUACUUUCCAAUAUACUUAUCUCAGUGCCUGGAAAAAAUGUAAUAUAUUACUAUUUCACUGGAUUUGCUUAUUUAUGUAAAUAUUACAAGAAUUGACGUGAUUUUUUUUUAUUGUGCAAAACUGAAUAAAAUGAUGGUACAGUGUG